AUGGUGGUUGUCGAACUGGAUUAUCCGUUCUUUCAAUGGGUCCCUUGGGCGAAGAACUACCUUACGAUGUUCGUCCAGACGUUGCUCAGCGGAGACCCGAUGUACAUUGCUGGCGCCUUCGUUGGAAUCGCCAUUACAUUGAUUGCCGUUCUCUCCGGCGGCUUCGCGGCCUGGGACUACGUGCUGGACAUCUUCUUUCCUCUCGAGCCUCUCGAGACGUACGAAACGAAGCCGGUGCCGCGCCAGCAGCCCGCCGUGGCCAAUAGCACGACGCCGAAGCCCCUGCUGACCAUCACCGCGAUCACCCCGACGUUCGUGGUCGUCUUCCUCGACAAGGCCCUCGCCCCCAACGACGAAUGUAUUGAUGUUCUGAUCGACAAGACGACGCAGUACUACACGAACGCGCUGAAGUCGCAGGGCUUGGCCGUGCCGAAGAUGAAAGGCUACCGCAUGUACGAUCGGGACGCGAAGAAGCUGAAGGUCGACUUGGGAACCGUCGAGAGCACCAAGAUCCCCAUUGUCGGCUUUGUGCGCGCCACGGUGCCCGAUCGACUGGUCCAGGUGUCGAUGGUGCUGUUGAGGGAUGUUCUCGCCAACCCCAAUAAGUACGACGACGGCCAGUCCCCGGAGACGGUCGUCAAGCGCGGCGGCAAGGGGUACGAGCGGUGGCUGCACGGGAGCACGUGUCUCACCUUCGACAUCGACCUCAGCGGCACGCGCAUCAAUGUCGCCACGACCAAGGCCGCCCUCAAUGAGUUGGCCGACGACUGGUGCAAGACGCUGGCCCGUCGCGGAAUCGAGGUGAUCGACCUGCAGGUGCACAGCGUCUACAAGUACAGCGUGCUCAACGCCCUCAAGCGCUGGAGCCGCCCGGGCAAGAAGAUGGCCGGCGGCCGCGUGCUGCUCGUCGUCCCCAGCGAGGACGCGAACAAGGCGGAGAACGUCGUCCAGGCGUCGAUGAACGCCGCCUUCGGGCGAUGGGGCGGCGAGAUGAGCAUGACCAUCGACAAGGAGCAGAAAUCGGUGCCCGACUUGAAGACGUGCGACUGUGGCGGGCAUAAAGGUGGGGCGUGGUGCGCUUCU